CAAUAUAUACCUUUCCUUUAUCCACACUUUAUCAAACUACACUUUGUUCUUUUGCUUCUCAUUAAUCUUACAAUAUAAAUCAAUCAAAUAUAUCCUCUUUUUUUCUUCUCUCUUUUGUGACUUAUUACUUACUACGUAAGUCUCUUUGAAGUUCAUAACUAGUGAAAAAGUUAAAGUGUUUUUGAAAGAGAUCAAAAUGGUUUGCAUGGUAUCUCGUACUGGAAGGGAAAUGCAGAGAUAUAAUGAAACUGGUGGUCGCCAAGUUGUAGGGUGCAUCCCAUACAGAUAUAAACAAAACAUUGAUGGCAGUAGGAGCAGUGAAUUGGAGGUACUUCUAGUUAGCUCACAAAAGGGUCAUAGAUUCAUGUUUCCAAAGGGUGGAUGGGAAGUUGAUGAAUCUUUAGAAGAAGCAGCUUGCAGAGAAUCCCUUGAAGAAGCAGGAGUUAUAGGAAUUGUUGAGGAAGAAUUGGGUGAAUGGAGUUUCAUUAGUAAAAGAUAUGGUAUAUACUACGAAGGUCACAUGUUUCCGUUACUUGUUAAGGAACAACUUGAGAUUUGGGCUGAGAAAAAUCUACGGACAAGAAUAUGGAUGAAUGUUGUUGAAGCAAGAGAUGUUUGUCAGCAUUGGUGGAUGAAGGAAGCAUUAGAUAUACUUGUUCAUAGACUAAAUCUACAGAAAAAAUAAGUAGCUAGAAGUAAUUAUUGAAAAUGUUUUGCAUUUCUUUAGUAUAAAUAUAAUGAAGAGCAGUUAUUCAAAGUUGGAGAAAAAACUUAUCAUGUUA